AUGCCUCCAAAGGCCGCCGCCGAGAAGAAGCCCGCCUCCAAGGCACCUGCCAAGGCCCCCGUUGAGAAGAAGGAAGCUGGAAAGAAGACCUCCGCGACUGGCGAGAAGAAGAAGCGCACAAAGACGCGCAAGGAGACAUACUCUUCAUACAUCUACAAAGUUCUGAAGCAAGUACACCCCGAUACUGGUAUCUCCAAUCGCGCUAUGUCAAUCCUGAACUCUUUCGUCAACGACAUCUUCGAGCGCGUUGCAACUGAGGCAUCCAAACUCGCCGCAUACAACAAGAAGUCCACUAUUUCAUCCCGCGAGAUCCAAACCUCUGUCCGACUUAUCCUACCCGGUGAACUUGCCAAGCACGCUGUUUCAGAAGGUACCAAGGCAGUCACCAAGUACUCUUCGUCCACGAAAUAG